AUGUCGACUUCCACGAAAUUCCCUUCAACUACUCUUCACAUCCUUAGAACCCAUAGUGGACCUGUAAACGCUGUUACGUUCUCUAGUUCUCCAGGAACAUACCUCUUGACUGGCUCCUCCGACCGUUCCAUCCAUCUAUCUCGUGCGCUGCCACAGUCAUCGUCCACCUCACCCCAGAUAACAACCUCACCCAUUCAAAAAUAUGAAGCCCACGGAUACUCAGUGCUAGAUAUAGCUGUGAGUGCAGAUAAUGCGCGCUUUGCCAGCGUAGGAGGAGACAAACAGGUCUUCCUAUGGGACGUUGAGACCGGAAGUACAAUAAGAAGAUGGAGUGGUCAUACCGGACGAGUUGAGGCUGUAGCGUUUGGCGGAGAGGGCGACUCAGUGGUGAUAUCAGGAAUCGAGCUGAUAUCCUCCCUUUCGUGGAUAGGAAGCGCGGAUUCAGAUGUGAAAAUAUGGGAUACGCGGUCGCUUACGUCGAAGCCGGUACAGACCCUCACAGAAGCAACUGACACUGUUUCAUCUGUAUAUGUCCAUAUGCCGACUAGCAGUAUAAUUACCGCCAGUUACGAUGGUCGAAUUCGUACUUAUGAUUUAAGAAUGGGUGAAAUGAGGGUAGACGUUAUGGCUCAUCCGGUUACAAGCAUACAAGGUUCUACGGACGGGAAGGCCAUGCUUGCUUCAUGUCUAGAUGGGCGAAUUCGCAUGGUUGAUCGUGACGACGGCUCAGUCCUCAAGAGCUUUGGUGAUGGAAACCCUUCGUCGGCGUCUGAGAAGAGGAAGGCCCCUGUAUACAUGAACAAGGAAUUACGCAUUCGAUCUACCUUUACGAAGGGAGACAGCGUUGUGCUGAGUGGGAGCGAGACUCCAGAUGCAAGUUUUGGCAGAGAAAAUGCCCAAGCAACGGUUGUGGCGUGGGAUGUUUUGACUGGGAAUGUUAUCCAGACCGUGUCAGUGGGCGCAGGUAUCAAGGUGGUUAGCUGUGUCACAUGGAAUGAGAAAGGCUCAUCCUGGGCUGGAGGAUGUUCAGAUGGCACUGUCAAAGUAUAUGGAUAA